AUGGACUUCUCAUUGAUCAGAGAGUCUGACAUCAUGCAAAGCCCUAGCAAAAUCGGUGCCACCUCUGCCUCCACUACAGCCCCUGCUGUGUAUGGACCUCAAGGGUGGGCAGAUCUCCCAGAAGGUCUGCUCCAUUCCAUCUCUCCUCUGUUGAGCUCCUUCAUGGAGCUCCUCAGCUUUGCUAGCACCUGCCGCUCUUGGCGUGCCGCUUUCGCCUCAUACCCAUCUAAGUCCACAUUCUGCACCCUGCUCCCGCCUCUCCUCGUCCAGCCCCAUAUCAGUGUAUGUGCUCCUAAUCUACCUUCCAGAAGUGACGAUGGUCACAAGCUCGGCACGUGCCAGGUCCUUGAUCCAGCCAACAUGAAAAGUACCCUUCGCUGCCAGUUCAAUAAUUCACAGAUUGAACAGAUUGUGGAGUUUAAUGGUCAGUUCAUUGCAAUAGACAACCACUAUAAGCUCCACAAUCUGUCCUUGGCCCCCCAGCUUGGUCUGCAGGAGAUAGAAACUGUGUGGUGGGAUGGCAAGGAUGAAUGCCCAUGUCUAAGGCCGUGGAUCGCGGUGUGUGGUGACAUGCUCCUGAUGGUCGACAAUUACAUAAUCCUUUCGUCCAGUGGAGCACAUGUCAAGUACAAAGCCUGUCGCCUCGACAUGUCAACUGUGCCUGCAGCUUGGGUGGAGGUGAAGAAGCUAGAGAAUUACUCGCUGUUUAUUGGGAGUGAUGUGAGGAGCUCGACGUUUUCUUGCGCCAGCUUAGGACGAUGGAGCGGGAGGAGCAAUUGCUUGUACUAUGGGUAUUACGAUCCACCCUUGGUGAUGCAUGGAAUUGGUGAUGAUGCAGAUGCUGUGUGUGAUCCAGAUUAUGGCCCUGAUGACCUUGUGUUCAAGAGCCUUGUGUUCAAGAGGAACUGGAACACCCGACUGCAGCCGUUCUGGGUGUACCCAAGCAUGCUCUAUCGCUGA